AUGUCAUCUCAACCCUCGCGCACAUACAGAUCCGCCGCACCGACGGCGAAAGCGGUCGUAUACACCCCCAGCACAAUCGCCGUGACGGUUGGCAUUGAAACCCAACGAACAUGGACACUUUCCAAAGCACCGCUAGCAGAAAGCUGUUGGCUCUUCUAUUUUCUCUUCAGCGAAGAUCCCACAAUAUCUGAAAUCCACCUACCCACCGUCUCGCCCCAUGCCUUCGCCGACUUUGUCGACUACAUACGCUCCAGCAUCUACAGCGUCAACACACAUAUCGCAGGAUACCGCUCCAUCCGCGCCCACACCGACGCCUGUCUACUGGGAAUUCAACUUGACGCAGACGAAUACCGCAGGGCAGCCACACGCGCACUGCAUGGUCUCUUUGAGCCUCUUGCACGGGCCCGCAAAUCCAAUGCCUUGCGUUCUCUCAUCCGAGCCAGCGACAUUGAAUAUAUAUGUGUCCGCACCAGCGCCGCGCAACUGGUCUUCUCUUCGAGCAUCCCAGACAUGUGGGGUCUUGUCAAAGGGCUGCAGAUGCUGUUUUUCGACGCGCUGGCGGCACACUGGACGCAGCAGGAUGUGAUAGCUAUCAGCAUGCCGGGGUCGACCAGCGGCUCUAGUAAGGAUAAUCUGUGGGACGUCACGCCGUGGCGGGAUCUGUACAGGCGCUUCCCCAAGUUCAGAGCACAUCUUGUCAAGACUGGGGCGGUCGCUGACAAGUGGAGGGGGAUAAUAUUGAAGAAAGUUGACCGUUAUUACUUUAUAGAGGGCGAGCAUAGCGACAGCGAUAGCGAAUGCGACUUUGAAAUCGAGAGUGCCGACGAUGACGAUGAGGACACGGAAGGGGGGAUCAGGAUUGAGCAGGUGAAGCAAUACGGCAAGUUGACGCUCAAGCUGAGGGGCUUUCGCACGCCAGAAGAAGCGACGGACCCGCCCAACGAAAGCAUGAAGCCAGUGAUGGUGGAGGACAUUGAUGCGGAGAGCAGCGAAGCGGACAAGGUCGCAAUCAAGGCGGACUCUGAUGAGGAGGACAUCUCGAUAGUCGUGUGA